AUGUAUUUAACUUGGUAUCUUGAACUUGAUGAACAAUAUUAUAAGAAUGAAAUGAACAGUGUUUUUGAACCAUUCCGUUCAACUUUUACGUGUCUUAAUACUGAAAGCAUAAAGUUGUUUACAAAAGAGAACGGUCCUAAUGAACUUAAUAAAGCAAAUAUUAGUUACAAUGAGGCAACAAAGUUCUGUGAGAAUGAAAUGAACAACGUUUUUGAACCAUCCCAUUCAACUUUUACGUGUCAUAAUACUGAAAAUAUAAAGUUUUCUACAAAAGAGAGCGGUCCUAAUGAACUUAAUAAAGCAAAUGUUAGUUACAAUGAGACAACAAAGUUCUGCGAGAAUGAAGUGAACAAUGCUUUUGACCCAUUCCAUUCAACUUUUACGUGUCAUAAUACUGAAAAUAUAAAGUUUUCUACAAAAGUGAGCGGUCCUAAUGAACUUAAUAAAGCAAAUGUUAGUUACAAUGAGACAAAGUUCUGCGAGAAUGAAAUGAACAACACUUUUGAACCAUCCCAUUCAACUUUUAUGUGUCUUAAUACUGAAAGUAUAAAGUUGUCUACAAAAGAGAACGGUCCUAAUGAACUUAAUAAAGUAAAUGCUAGUUACAAUGAGACAAAGUUCUGCGAGAAUGAAAUAAACAAUGCUUUUGAACUAUUCCAUUCAACUUUUACGGGUCUUAAUACUGAAAGUAUAAAGUUGUCUACAAAAGAGAACGGUUCUAAUGAACUUAAUAAAGCAAAUAUUAGUUACAAUGAGACAAAGUUCUGCGAGAAUGAAAUGAACAGUGCUUUUGAACCAUUCCGUUCAACUUUUACCUGUCUUAAUACUGAAAGUAAAAAGUUGUCUACAAAGAAGAGCGGUUCCAAUGUCAGAUCAGAGUUUGUCACUGAGCUAGUCGAUAUGAAUGACAGGCAGAUACUUAAGAUCACUUUUGACAUUUCAAAAUAUGAUAAGAACAAAAUUAGGAAGCAAUCGAACAACUUUCCCAAAAAAAAUUUUAAAAAAUGCUUGCAAGAUGUCGCUGGCAUUAUUUCUUCUGACAAUGAAGCUGCCGAACGAGAACUAAAUAGGGUUAUAAAGAAAAGUGAUUUUGCAUCGAUGGAAAUUGUUGGUCAAUUUAAUCUUGGGUUUAUUAUUGCUAAACUAUACAAAGACGAAGGUUGUGACUUGUUAAUAAUUGACCAACACGCAUCAGAUGAGAAAUAUAAUUUUGAACAACUUCAACUUCAUACCAAAAUUGAUUCUCAGAGAUUAAUCAGUCCAAGAUCCCUGGAACUUACUGCUGCAGAGGAAUUAGUUGCCAUUGACAAUAUAGACAUCUUAAAAGCAAAUGGAUUCGAUAUAGAUAUUGAUUUAGAGGCUCAAACAACAAAAAAAUUAAAGCUGAUAUCGCAACCAAUAAGUAAAGAUAUUAUUUUUGGCGUUGAAG